CGUAACUUUAUCACAUACCUUUUGUCUCCUGUCUUACACCGUGAUCAAUUAAAAUCAAGUCAGACUUUAAGAAUGAAUGAAAAGGAUUGAAGAAAUAAAUUUUCUUUUAAUGCAUGAUUUUGAUAAGGCUUUUUAACUGAUCACAAAAAGAUUUCGCUAUCAGCGCUAAUUCAAUACACGGAUAUUAUUCUUUACUAUUUGUUGGCGUUAAGAUUAACGAAUUACUCCGAUUAGCCCAUUGUUGUUGCUAAGGACGUCGAAUUUGGAUAACGUCAGACUUUUAGCUGGACACUUUCGUUUCUUUUCUAAAUUUAAGGAAUAAUGUAAAUAAACAAGAAAAUUUUAACUUUGUGAGGACAAUUUUGGAUUUUUUAUUUUGAAAGCGUUCCGGUGUGACCGAGGGGCAGUCGGAAAUUCGAGACGCCGGCGGACAAUCCUGUUUGACGGAUUUCCGAUUAGAUAGCCGACGCAUAUUCGAUUUUCUAAUAAGGAAAUUGAAGUUUGCAAACGAUGUCGUCCAUAAGCUUAGAUGACAAUCGACUGAGCUUGUACGGUCCUGGUCGGAACCUGCGCUUUCAAAAUAUUAAGGAUAACUUGACUAAAUCUCACGUUCUGCAGGAUGGAGAGUAUAAUUUCACUAGUAACAAACUCAAACGUGGGGACAUCUGGAAAACCAGUCACAGCACUGAUUUCUCGGGUGCAGUCUUGGAUCCAAACAGCAAGCUUGGAACUUCAAGUCAGCUAGUACAUCAUUUCGACAUGGGCAAUAUGAGCGGCAAAUUCCUCGACAAGGACAUAUUUAGACGUAGCACAACCAUGACUGAUUUCAGGAAAAAUAAAAUUCUAAAGCCGGAAAUACAGGGAGAGAGAAGAGAAAUCAACUGGCCGGACAUGGCACCACGCUACCUCUCAGAUCGACGUGUCGGACCCUCAGAGUACACAACAUCGUUUAUCAAAAACCUUCGUCAUCGAUCAGCUCCCAACUACCCCCGUGUUGAUACCUCUAAACUGCAGUUACCCCUCGAUCCAACAAAGUUCUGGAGACAGAGAAAUACUAAUUUCUCCCUAGGUAGUGACAAUGACGGUUUGAUAAGUGAGCAACAGAGAGCGUUCGGAAGAGGAUCACGCGCAUUUCAACCAGAAAACGCGGAGAGAAACGCUGCUAGUGACAUCAACAAAAGUAUGAAAGAGAUGGACAAAGUGUCACAUGUUUUCAGAGGAGGGGAUUACAAUGGCAUAGUUGGUGAUUUUACAACAGUCUGUAACAAUGACUAUGGACCUCGUACUGUACCACCGGGUGAAGCCUCACUACAAAUUUUAUUACCUCAUCAGAAGAAGAAGCCAGUAGCUGGUGAAGAGGAAGAGGAGGAUGAAGAAAAUCAAUUCGGUCCAUACGCCAAUACGAACCAAUUACAGAAGUUUGCUAGAGAAAUUACUGUACCCACAGUGUUUAAAGAGGCAUCUGACGGCCGAACAUAUCAAACAAAUGCACAUUUCCACUUUGGCCAUGAUGCAGAAUCCGGUCAUUCUGUUUAUGCUAAGGAUUUCUUAUUAUCAGCAAUGGUCGACCGUGCCCCGCCCAUUGUUAAACCAACACCCUCAGCUGGCAAGGUAUUUUAUUUUCUGUUGUGUGGAAGAAGAUUUAAUGGUUUACGUUUGGUAUUUUAUCAUAUGUUUGUUGGUUGUCAGAAUUCCAAGGGUAAAACAGCACUGGAGAUGAAUCUUGACAGACGAGAUACAGACAAUGUUGUCUUUAGUUUUGAUUUAGGAAGACAUAGAACAGAUAGACAAAAGUCAUUAAAUCACUCAGAUUACAAAGGUCCACCAAAAGAAUAUUGUCCACCUAAGAUGGCUGAGAGACAUGACGUGUAUGUGGAUUAUCUUCAGACAGACGACGCUCUCCCCUAUCCUGCUCCACCUAAAGAUACUUCCGAGGCUGCACAUAAUUUUGCCGGUAUAAAGUUGCGCGGGAAAAGCGCGGGAAGAAGGCGCAAGAAGAACCGAAAAGAGAGCAAAGUACGCUGGACUGAUGGUCGCACCACGCAUUUUACUGUGGGAUAUGAACCUUUCGAUUUUUCAUCAGAAACACAAAUGAAAUUUCAAGGAGAUAAGAAAAAUGACAUGGAGAUUCCGGCAGCAGGAAAGGUUGAAGUUGCUCCUCCAAGAAAAGCCCAACAUUUGACACACAGUGAAAAUAUCCUAGAUUUGAAAGCUGCCGACCCGUUCAUAACAAACACUCGUGAGAGCUUGCCAGCUAGAAUGAACUAUAUAGAACCAUACCCUGAACAGUCUAACACUACUUCUGUUAUGAUGAAAGACUACGGGCCAAUGGUGUCUAGAUCAUUAACUGAUGCUCAACUACGGGUGAUAGACAAGUAUGAUAGAGUAACAAGAAAGGAGAUUUCACAAUCACAUUUGUUCCACGAAGAUACUUCCGGAAGAAACAACUUCCGAACCACUGCCAUGGAAGAUUUUAUAAUGCCAGAGACUAUGACAGGAAGGAAAUUUUUGGCAGCCAGAUGAGAGAUAACUCUUAUUUAGAAAAUGCAAAAAAAUGUACAGGUUCUCUCCCUUGGACACGCAAUGUCCCCACUAUUACAGACGUUCAGUAACUUCAGUGUUUUUCAUUGUUGACGUUAUUUGUUUAUUUUUUGUUGUUGAAUUUCCUGCCACUUCUAUAACAUUAUGCUAAUCAUAAAUUAUAAAACAACAAUACAUUUAUUCAUCCUAAAUAAUGUGGAGACUUGCAUAUUUUCCUCUUCAUUUGAAUUUCUCAUAUUUACAUAUUCUGUCUUUUCCCUCUGUUCCGGGACAAAAUUUAAUGAAGUGUUAUAAUAGUUCAGGCACAUAAUCACCAUUGCUUACAAACCAUUAUAUAAACGCUUUUCCUCUACACAAGCAUACUUUUCGUUUUUUGCUUUUAGCACAAGUUGCACGAGAUCAAUUUGCUUUAGAGGAGAGGAAAAUACAGAAUAUCCGAAUUGACAGUAUAAUGACAUCAUCAAAUUAUAUGAGAAAAUAAAAACAUUUAUCUUUGAAUAGUUAAUGAAGGAAUAUUUUCUCAAACUGUAGCAAUGUCUUUGUCAAUAUUUCAUGUAUGUCACUGAUUCAAUUCUGGUAAUAAAUUAUAUAUAACAAA